UUUGACAAAGGCCAAGGAAACUUCCUGGCUUUUGCCUUUUAUGUUUCUAUUUUUAUUUUCAGCGUACUUAUCGUAAGCGAAGGUGCCUGUCUUGUCUUCGCGUGUCCAAAAUUCUACUCAUUUAUCCGACUCUUUACCCACACUUAAUGGAUCUUCAAAAAAUUCCUUCCUUUAUUUAACGUUGUUAUAUAUCUCCUUAAGAUUCAGCUCUCUCUUUCCCAGGCACAAACAUUUUAGGUACGGCUACUGUGAGCUUAUUUGGUUGGUCGUGGAUGGCUGAAUGUUUGCCGGAAUUGUACAUCCGGGUCAUGUUUUGAAUGUGAAUUUGGUUUCUUAGUUAGUUUUAGGAAAGGGUACUCUUAGCUUUGCUAUAUAAGAGUUCGUUUUGGCAAUUGUUGUGUAUUGGAGAUCUCGGUUUUUGUUGAUUUAAUGAUGGGAAGCUCGGAGGAGAAGGUGGUUGCUGUGAUCAUGGUAGGUGGACCCACUAAAGGCACUCGGUUUCGUGCAUUAUCAUUGAACAUUCCAAAGCCUCUGUUUCCUUUGGCCGGACAACCAAUGGUUCAACAUCCAAUUUCUGCUUGUAAAAGAAUUCCAAACCUAGCCCAAAUCUAUCUAGUUGGUUUCUACGAGGAGCGUGAAUUUGCAAUGUAUGUCCCAUCAAUCUCUAACGAGCUAAGGGUUCCUGUCAGAUACUUAAGGGAAGACAAGCCUCAUGGUUCAGCUGGUGGGCUUUACAACUUCAGACAUCUGAUCAUGGAAGACAACCCUUCUCAUAUAUUCUUGCUGAAUUGUGAUGUCUGCUGCAGUUUUCCACUUCCAGAAAUGCUUGAGGCUCACAAAAGAUAUGGUGGUAUGGGGACUAUCCUAGUAAUCAAGGUUUCAGCGGAGUCAGCCAGUCAGUUUGGGGAGUUGGUAGCAGAUCCAGUCACCAAUGAACUGUUACAUUACACAGAAAAACCUGAAACUUUCGUAAGUGACCAUAUAAAUUGUGGUGUCUAUGUAUUCACACCAGAUAUUUUUACUGCCAUCCAAGGCGUUUCCUCUCAACGGAAAGACAGAGCCAAUCUGAGACGUCUCUCCAGCUUUGAAGCCCUCCAAUCAGCUACAAGGAAUCCUCCCUUAGAUUUUGUAAGGUUGGAUCAAGACAUCCUGACUCCUUUUGCCGGGAAGAAGCAGUUGUAUACAUAUGAGACCAUGGAUUUCUGGGAACAAAUUAAAACCCCUGGAAUGUCCCUAAAAUGUUCUGCUUUGUAUCUUGCCCAAUUUCGGUUCACCUCUCCUAAUCUAUUGGCUAGUGGGGAUGGUACGAAAAAUGCCACCAUUAUUGGCGAUGUUUAUAUUCAUCCUUCAGCAAAAGUACAUCCAAGUGCUAAGAUUGGUCCCAAUGUCUCAAUAUCUGCUAAUGCUCGUAUAGGAGCAGGUGUAAGGCUCAUCAGCUGUAUCAUUCUUGAUGGUGUUGAAAUCAUGGAAAAUGCAGUUGUUUUUCAUGCAAUUGUCGGGUGGAAGUCUUCUAUUGGGAAAUGGUCCCGUGUUCAGGCUGAAGGAAACUAUAAUGCAAAACUUGGAAUUACAAUUCUUGGAGAAGCAGUUGAUGUUGAAGAUGAAGUAGUGGUCACCAAUAGCAUUGUCCUUCCGAACAAGACACUAAAUGUCAGUGUGCAAGACGAAAUACUUCUAUGAUAUCUGAUCCGUUUCCAAUUUGCCAACCACCAGACUCUCCUAUCUGCCGCUUAUCUAUCCUUUGUUGUGAUGUAGCGGUCAUUACUCUUUUCAUUUUUUCAAGUAGGAAAAUCAGAGUCUUUCAUAAGUUAAUUUACCCAUAUGUAAAUAGACAUCUUCGAAUUAGAAUAAAAAGAAAUUUGGUUUUUGGACGUUUUAUUUUCAUUAUUUUUCUUGUACCAAGAU